UAUUUCCAGAAAAUCCAAUAGAUUAAGGCCACUCACCUACACGUGUUGGAACCCCAUUGGCCAAACGGAAUGUUCUAUUCAUCUGUUGCCACUGUAUAAUUAUGCACUUUCCUCCUCAUCUUCAUCCCCCUUCUCUCUCUCUCUCGAUCAAACCCUAAUUUUCCUCAAAGAAGAAGGAAGAAUAGCAGAAGAAUCAAUCAUUCCGGCCUCCUCCAUAUAUCAAAACCCUAUAUAUUUGCGUGCAAAGCCAGAGAGAGCAGAUUGAGAAAGAGUUCGAUAAGAGAAUAUCGUGGAAAGAGAAGAUAUGAGGGCUCCAUCAUUUUCAGCUUCGACGACGUGCAAGACCCCAUGCUGCAGCAAAGUGGGGAUUAAGAGAGGGCCAUGGACGCCCGAGGAAGACGAGCUCCUGUCGAACUACGUGAAGAAGGAAGGAGAGGGGAGGUGGCGGACUCUCCCCAAACGGGCGGGCCUCCAGCGUUGCGGGAAGAGCUGCCGCCUCCGCUGGAUGAACUAUCUCCGCCCGUCCGUCAAGAGAGGCCACAUAGCCCCCGAUGAGGAAGAUCUCAUCCUCCGCCUCCAUCGAUUGCUUGGCAACAGGUGGUCAUUAAUCGCUGGAAGGAUCCCGGGGCGCACUGACAAUGAGAUCAAGAACUACUGGAAUACCCAUCUGAGUAAGAAGCUCAUCAAUCAGGGGAUAGAUCCGAGGACACACAAGCCAUUGAACCCAUUCCCCGAUUCCCCGGGAGAUGCUGUCAGCAAUGCUUUCGUGCCAACAUCAAACCGACCUCCACAACAACCUUACUUAUCUGCCUCAACCAUAGACAAAGCCAAUGGCAGUCAGCAUCAAGCAAUCCCCACUGUCCAAGAUGACAUCGGAAGAGUUAUCAGUGAACAGGAGCAACAGCGAAAUCAUCCCAUUCCAGUCGAAACUGGGAAUUGGCAGAAUUCCGAUGGGAUAAUGGUGGGAUUGCACAAUGUCAGUCAUGGUGGCAGCAACAACAACGGGCAAAGUUACAUUAUUGAUAACUUCAAUAAUGAGGAUAUGUUCUCUUCAUUUCUAAACACUCUUAUGGAUGAUACCUAUGCAAGUCCUUAUCAACGGCCUGAAGCAGCUGUCCCGCCGUCACAGCUGGUCUCCAUGGUUUCUCCGGCCGUAAAUUUCAGUAGUCAAGGUGCCAUGUGGGAUGCCGAACUGGUCAGAUCGACUUUGGAGACUCUGGGUGAUCAACAGAGUUAUAAUACCAACAUACGCCAAAUUUAGUAAUAUUUAUAUAUGCGUGCGCAAUUAAUACUAUUUGCACAAAGUGAAAAAAAAAACUUAAUUAAUAGUGCUUUUCUUUUUAUUUUGGAUUAGUGGAUGUAAUUAUAUAUAUUGCCUGUUGAUUACUUGUAAUAGCUAAUUGGUAAGUGUGUGUUAAUUACAACUAACUAAAGCUUGUACACAAGUCUAGUCAGCAGUGUAAUUGUUUAUCCUGUUAUGCUGGGAGAAAACUUAAUUAUCUUUCAUCUAUAUAUAAAUUCUUAUAAGUUAAUGAAAUAGCAGAUAUAUAACUGCU